GGGCAGUCCGUCCGUGCGCCUGCAUUCAUAAACGGAUGUGAUAAGUGUUGAAUGUACUGUACAGAGACGAAACUUGGACCAUGGCGGAAGAAGACGACACGAAAAUCCGGAUUUUGCAGAGCCUCCGAGGGAAAAUAUGCGAAGCGAAGAACCUGGGUCCGAGCUCCGGGCCGAACCGCCUCCGUGACCUCUGCACCUUCUGUACAAUCAGUUUGGAUCAGGAGGAAGUAUAUCGCACAAAAGUCUAUGAGAAGAGUGUAAGUCCGUUCUACGGCGAGGACUUCUACUUUGAAAUUCCACGCCCUUUCCAAUGCCUGUCCUUCUACGUGUACGCCAAGAGCAUGUUCCAAAUAAGGGAUCUACCUGUAGGGAAAGUAGCCAUCAGGAAGGAAGAUCUAUACAAGUACUGCGGGAAAGAGAACUGGUUUCAGUUACAGCCUGUGGAUCCACACUCAGAAGUUCAGGGGAAGGUUCAUUUAGAGAUGAAGCUGAAUGAGCUGAUCACAGAGAACGGUUCCAUCUGCCAACAGCUUGUGGUUCAGAUAAUAGCGUGUCAGGGUUUGCCAUUGAUAAGUGGGCAAAACUGUGACCCAUACGCUACGGUAACACUCGUAGGGCCCUCCAGGUCUGACCAGAAAAAAACUAAAGUGAAGAAGAAAACCAGUGACCCUCAGUUUGAUGAAACAUUUCAUUUCGAGGUCACAAGGUCAAGCAGUUACAAAGGGAGGUCACAUUUUCACGUGGAGGAGGAGGACAUAGAGAAACUAGAGAUCAAGGUGGAGCUGUGGAAUAACGGUAACUUGGCACAGGACGUGUUCCUUGGAGAGACGAGGGUAUCUGUGAAAAUCCUGAGAAACGACCAUGUCCACAGAGCAUGGUACCUGCUGCAGCCAAAAGGAAACGGUACAAAGUCUAAACCAGAUGAUCUGGGUUCUCUACGUCUGAAGGUAACCUACACGGAGGAUAACGUCCUGCCCUCUGCCUGUUACUCGGCCCUCCGCAACCUAAUGCUCAAAUCCCCGGAUGUCAAGCCAAUCUCAGCAUCAGCGGCUCAUGUUCUGGGAGAUAUUUGCAGAGAAAGUGUGGGGUACGAAGCGCUGCUUCCUGUGGUCAGACUGCUGCUCCAUCACAACAGAUUGCUGCCCUUUCUCACUUCUGUUGCUGCCCUGGAGCUGGAUAAUACACAAGAGGCCAAUACCAUAUUCAGAGGCAAUUCUCUUGCCACCCGCUGCAUAGAUGACAUGAUGAAGAUCGUGGGCAAAAGUUACUUGACCGUCACUCUCAAACCUGUUCUCAAUGAGAUCUUUGAAUCAAAUAAAACCUGUGAGAUUGAUCCCGUCAAACUGAAAGAGGGCGAUAAUGUGGAAGUCAACAAGGAGAAUCUUCAGGGUUAUGUACAGAAGGUUUUUACAUCUAUAACCCAGUCCAGCUCCAGCUGUCCUCCUCUCAUGUGUGAUGUCUUCAGAUCACUUAGACAGCUGGCAUCUAAACGCUUUCCAGCGGAUCCUCACGUGCAGUACUCGGCGGUCAGUAGUUUCAUAUUCCUGAGGUUCUUUGCCGUGGCUGUUCUCUCUCCGCACACCUUCCAGCUGAGAACCCAUCACCCUGACCCCGAAAUUUCCCGUACACUUACGCUUAUCUCUAAAACCAUCCAGUCUCUGGGGAGCUGGGGCAGCCUUUCCAAGAACAAACUGUCUAGCUUUAAAGAAACCUAUAUGUAUGAUUUCUUCAAAUUAUUCCAAGAAGAUGAAUGUAUAGAAAAAGUUAAAAAGUUCUUAGAUGAGAUCUCCUCUAACGUAAGCAAGGAGUCCAGUGGAGUGGAGGACUCUUUUGUGCUGAAGGAGGGAGAGGUACAUAAGCGGGCCCAGGGCAGAAAGCGAAUAGGAAAGAAGAACUUUAAGAAACGCUGGUUACGAGUGACCAAUCAAGAACUGUCCUAUCAUAAGCAGAAAGGGAAAGAAGCGCUUUGCGUCAUUCCUGUGAAAAACAUCCUUGGUGUCGAGAAACUGGAAGAAAGUGCCUUUAACCGCAAAAACAUGUUUCAGGUAAUCCAUUCAGAGAAGCCUCUGUACGUGCAGGCGGGGAACUGCGUGGAGACCAACAGCUGGAUCGAGGUACUGAGUCAGGUCAGCCGAUGUAACCCGGGAAGGCUCAGCACAUUUCACCCAUCUGCUUACGUGGGUGGAUACUGGUUAUGCUGUAAGGAGGCCAAUGAGAACACCCCUGGCUGCAAACCAUGCACUGCGACAGUGUUGGCUAAUAUCCAACUGGAUAUCGACUGUGACAGAGAAACCGAACGAAUCUUCUCCUUCUUCUCCUCUAACCGCUCCAGACUACAGAAGAUGGAGGAUGCCUGUGCCGGCAUGUCAGUUUAUCUUGGGCAGCCGGAGGAGUGUUCAGCCUUCACUAUACAGGACCCUAAAGAGACCUUCCGUACUAUUAAAGAGCUUGGAGAAGUACUGGACGAUCUGAAGGCUCACCACGACUCAAAGGGAGCGCUAACUGAUGAACCAGGCACUAUCGAGAAUCCUAUAGUUGGAAAGACAGCGUAACGUCGUGACUGCAGGACCAGGUGGUACCGACACAGCCACACAAGCAGAGGGCGCUGUGUUUGUUGACAUAGAGGAGGACCUAGACGAGGACGGCGCUCUGACUGUGCUCAGAGAAGCGCUGCCCUUCCACGUGUGACUGGCUCUCACCUCUCCAGCGGUGGCCUGUCUGGAGUUACAGCGAACUUAGAAGAACUUGGCCAGUCAGGAGUCGAGUUGCGUGUCCGUGAGUUGCUAUCGUCGGAAAAAAAUCUAGCUCUUUUCUCUGUGAACCUGUUCGGUCUCUCAGUUUAUUACGACCGUUUAGAAACCUCAAACGCCAGUCCGCACAGUAAGAAAAGAUUCCAAUCACCUCUUAUCCAUUCCUAAACAGGCUGUGAACGUCCAGACACCAGUUUGUCUGAGAAAUUAUAGCUGCUAAAAUAGUCUUUGAAAGAACUCAACCUUCACAUAUUUCAGGCUACUGGUCGUCUGAUGUUUUGACAAGUAAAAUGACCACGUUAAAGGGAAUCUUUGUUGUUCUUUAUAGUUCUAGUAUCAUCCCUCUCACCCAUCCCUAUGAGUGUGCGCGUGGUUUUCUAUCUGUAGUGGAUAGAAUUAAUCUGCCUUAUAAAUUCAGUGGAGGUACUUACAAUCCCACACUUGUGUAUGAAUUAGGGACUAAUGCAGAAGCACUUUAGAUAUUUGGAAUAUUCCAGAUGAGAUUGUUUUAGAUACGUCGUAUCAACCUUUUUUUCCCGAUAUCGAUCAGUUACAUGAUCAACUCUUGUGUAAUGUUCUGUAGAUAACGUUCAUAUCCUGUAGAUUUUUACUAGCUAUUUUUCUUACGCCAAAGAUGUUGUUUUGUAGGUUUUCAUGACUUGAAAAUGGUAUACGUUAGGGGUGUAGCGAUACGCGCGUCAUGUAUUGCGAGGCUCAUGGACAUUUUCCAGAUCAAACUGAUCGUCCUUAUCCCCUUGUUAGUGGGGACUAGUUAUGCUAACAACAAAAAAAACAGCUGACGCGCAUCAUGCUGAAGAUGAGGAAAUGACAUCACUUCCUUUGACAAGUGCAUUCCAAACGGCUACAUAAUGACACGCACGUGCACUGCUCACUCCAAAGUGCCCACUAACAAGGGGAUAAGGACGAUCACGUUAAUUGGGAAAUGACCGUCAACCGUACGAUACACGUGUCGUUACGCUCCUGGUAUACAUGUAGUUUUUUAAAUACAGAACUUUAAAAACAAAAAAGGAAAAUGGCUAUCUAUAUUUCAUGGACGUACAUUUUGGGAGCAUCAAACAUUUUGAUAAAUAUGAAGAAGAUUUCAUUCAAUCAAUUUUUUUCCCCAUACAAACAAAGGCAAAUGUUUGGAUAUUUUAUGGUAUGCUCUGUUCCAAAAACCCAGUGAGCUGCCUGCAAAGAUGGCAUUUUAAGGUGCCAAAAUCGUGCUCACAACACGAGAUCUUUUAACGAAAAUCCAAUUGGCAAAGGUUGCAAUCCCAUAAUGCACUGCAACAAUCAGUGGAAAAAAUUAUCAUAUAGGCAUUUGAGAAACUGCUUUAGUUUUAUGCUGUACUAAAAAGCAAUGAUAAAAUAGAAACACAUUUCUAAAUAUUGAUGUUUGCCAUUUUUUUGAGUAAUGAGCUAAUAGCUUAGCAACAUGCUAACGGUGAAGACUAAUUGGAAUCGUUUGGAGUUGGAUUUAAUGUUUUGGUUUUUUUUACAGUUUGCAUGCUGUCUUAAAACAUAAUUGCCGGUAUCAUCAAGGCAGCUCACUAGCGUUUUGAAUAGAGCUAUAAACAUGGAUUGUUUGGUAAGAAUGCUGUUUGAUACGUAACAAUCACCUGCAUCAUGUUUGUUGUGUCGCAAUUGUGUUGUAGUUACGUGGUGGAAUCGUCAAGUCAUUUCCUGACAACCACCUACUGUUUAUUACAGGUCUACACAUUCACAGUUCUGUUUUAAAUGACCCCAUUCUCGACUGUACAGAAGGGUUUUCUGUGUCUUUGCUGUAACAUUGGAGACGAUCUGCUUGGCAUACUUGUGUUUUACUCGUAUUGUUAAAAGUCUAGAUCAGCGGUUCUCAACUGGAAGCUUAAAAAGUCAAAAACGAUUACAAAUGUUCUGCAAGGGCCAUGGACUUGAAUGAAUACACAGUGAGUAAUGCAAACAAUAAAAUGCACAACUGUGUAAUAAAUAGCGAGUAGUUGAGAUGGCGAAACAAGAUGUUUAAUGCCAACCUCGAUAGGCCCAUUUAGACAUUUUGUUUCCAAGUGCCUUUCUCAAGACAAGAUUUAAGAUUCGAGAUUUAUCUUGAGAUCUUGCUUCAGGCAUUUAACCAAAAACCAAUUGAGAAAAAAACAAUUGACUUCAGAAUAACGGAUAGCUUCGUUUCUGAGUUUUGACCUAGAAAAAUACAUCACUGCAGUCUAUAGGUAUGAUAAAUUUUAAAAAAGUCGUUUUUAUAAGCACCUGUGUGAGAGGUUUUUAUAGAACACCGCUUGUAAAGUUCUUCGUUAUAUUACAGUUGUCUCAAACGGUUGCCUUCUCUGGUCCAGAUAUGGAUAUAUGGCCUUUAAAAAAAGUGAUGACAACUGACGCUUGUUAAAAGCUCAACAAAUCAGGCAGAUGCCAGCAAGGACGGUUUGAGAGAAAACCUCCUACAGACAUUAAAUACGGGUUGCAGUGAGGACAUGACUUGUCAAAACCACAACGUUUUGAGAGUUAUUGGCUGCUGAGAGCAUGAAACCAAUGAAAUUUUUGUACGAUACAAUUUUGGUACUACGUUGGGUCACCAGCUGAUGUCCAAUAUAAACUCGGUGUCAUGAAACAAAACCACUUGGGAACCACCAAUCUAAAUAAACACAAAAAUAAAAACAACGUAAAAUGUGUGCUUAGCAUGAUCACUUUUCACGUUCUUUCAAAGAGACACCUCAGCAAUGUGAGGGGACUUUGGCGUAGCAGAGAAAGCUAAUUGAAUACUCCGCUAUUAGCAUUCCAUUCUGAACGAAAAAACACGAGUAAAACUACAGAACAUGAAGUCUACAUUUGUGAAUUUCAAUCUCAACCAUUUUUUUUUCGUAAACAUUGCAUUUUGAAAGCUGAAAGAUUGUAUUGAGCAUUUAAAAAAAAAGAGGUCCGGACGAAAUUUGCCAAUUCAGCACGAACAAUUAUGCAAAUAUAUAUAUAUAUAUAUAUAUAUAUAUAUAUAUAUAUAUAUAUAUAUAUAUAUAUAUAUUUGUAUUAGGUCCAUCAGAUAUGUCUAAUUUGUGUGUAUUUAUCUUUUCUCACAUGUGAUGUGUAGAUGUCUGUAGCGCACUGUGAACUGAAUGUCAUCAUGAUAUGUUGGUACGUGGAUGUUCAUCUGGUACUCUGCGGCUCAAGAGAGCUUCAGUAGAAAUGUGGUACUGAUCAUCCUCACUUCAUAACUGUGGUAGAGCAAAGAGCCGUGUGGGCUCGCUUAGCAUUGCGGUGGUACCGCAGACCUCCUCCAUUCAUUAGACUUGUCGGAUCAAAUUUAGUGGUUUUCUGUGUAUUCGUGUAAAGCCUUCUCUCCCACUCGUCUCUGAACUGGGCAUGUUUUCAUCUCGUGUAAACGUACAGAAACCAUUGCAACCAGCAUCCAGUGGCCUUUAAAACCUCCCCCAGACUAAAGGUUCUCUUUAACAUUCCCGAUUUAGCACUUAUCUUCGAGUCGACGGAACAAUACAGACAAUGUCAUUUUUUUUCGAAUGUAUACCGGUACGAAUUUACACUCGCCAUAUCGUAAUUCGUUUCAAACCAUGACUUUGUGCUCGAAUUCCACCCUGUUUCCAUAAUUGGGUCUGCAAGUCACCUUUUGAAAACCUUGUAGUUUAAAUAAUGCAUUUCUUAAAUUAUUAUAUUUUUAGAUCAGUAAUGUAGGUCUGUAAAACUGCUAUAAAUAUUUGCACAAAUUUGACCACUUUUUUUUUUUUUUUUUGUCUACCCAUUCCCGUUCCUUUUCCAAUGUAUUACUAAUUGUACUGGACAUGUUUGCUUCAUUUUGUUAUUUAAAUGUUUUUAUACCAUUAUUUUCACAAUACAAGCUCACGUAAUUCCUGUUAUUAGUUCUGUGGAAUUAAUUUGCAAUAAAUAUAUUGUUUGUGUGAA